AAACGGAGCUAAAAUAAUGUCCUAUUUUCCAUUACAGCAAACACAAAUCCCAGACUAUGCUGAGCUUAUUGUUAAGUUUCUUGAUGCCUUGAUUGACACGUACUUGCCUGGAAUUGAUGAAGAAGCCAGUGAGGAGUCCCUCCUGACACCCACAUCUCCUUACCCUCCUGCAUUGCAGAGCCAGCUUAGUAUCACUGCCAACCUUAACCUCUCUAAUUCCAUGACCUCACUUGCAACUUCCCAGCAUUCCCCAGGAAUCGACAAGGAGAACGUUGAACUCUCCCCCACCACUGGCCACUGUAACAGUGGACGAACUCGCCAUGGAUCCGCAAGCCAGGUGCAGAAGCAAAGAAGCGCUGGCAGUUUCAAACGUAAUAGCAUUAAGAAGAUCGUGUGAAGCUUUCUUUCUUUCACUUUUCAAACCAACCUAACCUGGGCUUCUCACUAGUGACCCUUCCCUAACCUGGCCCCGUCCCACACUGCACUGCUGCACUUCGUGUCUUACGAACCCAUCUGGUCUGCCAUGUUGCCAGACGAUCAACUUGGAAGCAUUGCCUAAAUUUAAUGCUGCUUUUCUUUAAUGUUUUUCCUUCUACUUUGGCAUGUGUCUGGUGUGAGCACUUGUUCUGACACUUUCUGCACAAAAAGCAGGAGGUCAGGAAACCUGAACUGGGAGCGUGGAUUGUGGGAGCUGAUGAGUCCUCCAGUGCCCUUGCUGCUGCUGCUGCUGCCGCCAGCUGUGGGCUGUGCACGGAGGUUGGCCUUCUUUGUGCCCUUGUCUUACAGAGUGAAGUGGUUGUCUUAUUUACACACUUUCCAAGUUUGGGGGAGAAAUAAUAUUUUAACCCCAGUGUAUUUAAUCUUCUAGCUGUGGACUUUUUUUUACCUUAUGAAGUUGAAGGAACCAUAGAGGUCAAGCCUCAGUGAAUUUACACCAUACAGCCACAAGCCAGGUACUUGGGGGAGGGGGAUAAAUUAGUAUUUUGUAAUGGAUUCUUAAGAAAUCCUAACAUUUGAGUAUUAGCAAUAAUUACAGGAAAUUAAGCAUGACCACAUACAUCUUAACAUUGCUGGAUUAAAGCUAUCGGUUCUGAGGCCUUAUUCAUACUUGGUCAUCCAAACUAGGUAAUUUUUUUUCCUGUUGAUUAUCUUUUAAUCUUUACAUAUGAAGGUGUUCUGUUCCUUUUUUGUAAGCCAAGGCUAUACUAAGUAUAGUAACUACACUUGUUUUUGCACUUGCUUUUUCUUCCUCUUUCCUACAUGAUUCUGAGCAGGGUAAUUAGCAGACAGAGUGUUGAAACUUGUUUCCAGAAGCUAAUUUUCAUAGCUGUUUCCAUUAGCUCCAAAGCAAAAUGGAUUGCUAGGUGACUUAGGGUAGCUGAUAUUUUUAUUUUGUUAAAUAAUUUUCCAAAAAACAGAAUAUGCUGUAUAUUAUCGUAAAUUUCUUUGAUAAGAUGUAUUUUUUAAGUCCUUUAAUCUUCCUCCUCUCCUCCAAAUAAAAUCAGGAAUCUCUAGCAAAACAUUUGGAUUUUAUCUGAUAGGAUUGCAUUUUAUCACUGUGAAGUAUGGUCAGCCUGCGUGGUGUGCUGAUACGGGACCUCUAGAAUUGCUGCUGUGCAGACAGCAUGGAUCAGUGUGCCAUAGGGCCUUCCAGGUGAUGCACAGCCAGCUGCUUCAUGGAACCUGCAGUAUGCAAAACAAUUGACUUGAGUGAGCGCAGUAGUAUGUGGAUGCUCUCAUUUAGGAUUGAACUAUAUUUAUUUUUAAAAGGUAUUAUCCCUCUACUACAUGUUCCCUUCAUAUAUUAAGAUACAAUGGCUUUGGGAGGAACAAAAAGAAACCCGGGGUGGGGGGGAACCCUGUAGUGCUAGCUCACUAGUGGAUUUCAGUAAACUAAACUCCACAGCUAAAUCCAUAAAUAAUGGUACAUUUAAGUGUUCUGACUCUAAUAAUAUAACACAUUUCACACUUAUCCAUACAGUAACAAUGUAAUAUGUAAUUGUAAAUAAAAUUGCUUUUGAUAUUCAGAAAUAA